UGGAGAAGAAGAAGCUCCAUCUCACCGCAGGCAGCAGCAGUAAACAGGGACGGCAUGUAAACUUUACUGUGUUUUAGAGAAUGGAGAUUUUCGGGAGCACCUUUGAUGAUUCGGUAUUUGAGGAAUCACGAAACAGGGAUUUAUCCACAGAUCUUCCGGUAUAUACCCCAAAAACCUGCGAGCCAGAGUGGUUUUGUCACCAUGAAAAAUUCGAAGACGAGCUAGACGAACAGAAAACCAUGAAGUUCCGGGCGGAUCUGAAAUACAGGCAAAAACAAUAUCAGGAAGCUAUAAAGGACUACACAGCAUGCCUUCCUCUGGUCCCUAAUAACAAUCUGUCUAUGAAAAGAGACGUGUUGGAGGGAAUAGCACGGUGCUACAGUCAUCUGGGAAAGAGCAGACAGGCCCUAGAGAUCUGUGAGAAACUGAGAAAUGAGGCGACCAACACGUGCCACCUGACCUGCGUCCUACAGCUGGAACAGAGCAUCCACGAGAGCUGCGGAGACAUGAAGAGCAGCAUCUCUUGUCUGAAACAGCUUUGCUCUAUUCAUCCGUUUAACCCUUGGCACUGGAUGAACCUGGCCGUGAGCUACCAAAGCCUGCUGGAGGCAUCCACCUCUCUUGAGGAGUUUAAAGAAACGUCACAGACGCCACAGGCCUUCAUUCAGCAGCAGGAGGAGGAGACAGAUGUGCAGCUGAAGGCCUGCAUGUGCUUUAUUAGGACAAGGCUGCUGAUCGAAAUCCUGAAGAUUCAGCAGUUCUCAUUUGUCCUGGAAAGGAGCAAGAAAACCCUUCAGGCCGUUGAAGCGUCUCUGCAGACGAUGCAGCUCAAACAGGAAACACUUCGACUCAUUUCUGAGGUGAUGGCUGAAGAUCUGAACCCUGAGAAGAUGCGUGAAGAGAAGCAAGAUGGUGAGGGUUUAUUAGGUCUGACCAUUAAGGACUUUGAGAAAAGGUGGUGGAACAAGCUACACGCCUGCCUGCUGAGGAAAGAGAACAGAGUUUUAUCGAGUGAUAAGGAAACGGAGACGGGGUGAACAGGAACACCAAGGAUUUUACUGUAAAAACGGAUUUUAAUGUACAUGAACAGCGUUUUAGUUUUUAAUGUUUUGGGAUUUUACAAAUAAAGAUUUUAAAAUGUU